AUGGCUCCGCUCCUAACCAAGACCCUAGCCUCACUGGUUCUGGGCGCUGCUGUCGCCCAAGCCCAGCUCUGGGACAAGGUUAUCCAAACCUCCUACGGACCUGUUGAGGGUUAUGAAUACUUCAACCAAUCUACUCUGGACAAGUACUUCGGUGGUGCCGAAUCUAACGUAGCUGCUUUCUUGGGUAUUCCCUUCGCUGCCGAUACUGGAUAUCAGAACCGCUGGAGGGCUCCCCAGCCCCGGGAACCAUGGAAUGAAACCCUGAAGGCCACUGACUUCGGUCCUGCCUGCCCUACUUCCGCCAAUUCCUACAUCAGCGAGGACUGUCUCAGUCUCAACAUUUGGACCAACGCCAAGACAGCCGAUUCCAAGCUCCCCGUCAUGGUUUGGAACCAGGGCUCCGAUGAGACCAGUGACAACACUUGGUGGUAUGGAGGUGGUAUGGCCUUGAAGGACGUUAUUCUCGUCAGCUUCAACCGUCGUGAUGAUGCGUUCGGUUACCUAGCCACCCCUGAGCUGAAUGAGGAAGGUUACAAAGCUACCGGCCACCAGACCUCUGGAAACUACGGCAUUUUGGACCAGCUGGAGGUUCUUAAGUGGGUUCAGAAGAACAUUGCCAAGUUCGGUGGUGAUCCUGACCGCGUAGUUGUUGCCGGCCAGUCCUUCGGCUCUUCCCAGGUUUACCAUGCGGUCAACAGUCCUCUCUUCACUGGCUACUUCCACGGUGGUAUCUCCCAGUCCGGUAUCAGAUACCCCUAUGACACUAUGCUGGCCGGUCUUGCUACCUCAUACGUCAACAUGUCCACUGCCAUCUCCAACAGCGCCAGCUACAUCAGCGCCCACAAUGUUUCUACCAUCGCGGAGAUGCGCACUCUGUCCAUGGAGAGCUUGAUCGAAGGUGCCUCUGACCGAGUCACCAACAGCUCUAUUUGGUGGGUUACCGCGCUCUCUGCCGGUUACCCUCUGAUUUUCAAGCCCGUUCUCGACAACUAUGUGCUGCCUUCCAAGUACAUCGAGUCGUUGAUCAAUGGCCCUGCCAACGAUGUUCCCGUCAUCACCGGUAACACCAAGGAUGAGUCUGGAGCUUCGACCACUACCGACUACACUGCAGCCGAGUACAACUACUACUGCGGACUCAAGUAUGGCAAUCUUUCCAGCGAAUAUUUCAAGCUCUACCCAGCCCAUAACAACGAGACCAUUGCCUCGGAAGCCUGGAAUGCCGCUGCCGAUGACCUCUCGCUCGUUGGUUCAUGGGCCUUCGCAACUGAAUGGUACAAGUCCGCUACCUCCGACUUCUACACCUACUACUGGACCCACGCGCCCCCCGGUCAGAGCCAGGGUGCGUUCCACCAGUCUGAGAUCAUGUAUGCACUCAACGCUCUCUACGCCAAUGACGAAACCUACCCAUUCACCGAGGUCGACUACCAGAUCCAGGAGAAGAUGUCCGCUUACUGGGCCAACUUUGCGAAGACUCUCAACCCCAACAACGGUGGCUCCUAUAAUGGCAGCAAGGUGUUGCCCCGCUGGAGCCCUAACAGUGCUAAUGGCACUCAGGUUGUCAUGGAGCUUGGAAACAAGUUCAAGAGUGUGUCCGUUGCUGACCCAAAGCGGGUGAAGUUCAUGAUGGACUACUUCCACCAGCAGGUCCCUUACUAG